AUGGUCUCAAAUUUUUCUGACUGGUGGAUAGACACUGGAGCCACUCACCAUAUUUUUGGCGAUAGAGCAAUGUUCUCUACUUACCAGAAAAUAGAUGGUGAUGAGCACUUAUACAUGGGAAAUUCUUCUGCAUCUGCAGUAAUGGGAAAGGGCAAAGUGUUUCUGAAGUUUACCUUUGUAAAAGAACUAACCCUCCCAGAUGUGCUACAUGUGCCAGAAAUUUGA